UUCGUCCCGGAUGAGUACUGGCAGUCGCUGGAGGUGGCGCAUCGCAUGGUCUUUAAUUAUGGCUACCUAACUUGGGAAUGGGCAAAUGGCUUAAGGGGCUAUUCAUACCCACUGAUCUUUGCAAGCAUCUACAAAGCUUUACAGCUGCUGGCUAAAGAUGAUGUUCAGCUGCUGAUAUGGGUCCCUAGAUUCGCACAGGCAGUGCUGGCAGCUUUUGCUGAUGUGAAGCUUUACUCAUUAGUGCAACACCUUGAAAAUGCAGAAACAGCGAAGUGCGUGUACUUCUGCCAGCUGUGUUCCUGGUUUACAUGGUAUUCCUGUACCAGAACUCUAACGAACACCAUGGAAACUCUUCUUACCAUUUUUGCUCUUUCCUACUAUCCAAUAAAAGGUCUCAAGAUGGGGAGCAGCUGCAAAUAUUUAGCUUUGAUAGCAUUUGCAAUUGUUAUUCGUCCCACCGCUGUUAUCCCAUGGAUGCCUCUGGUCUUCAGUCAUUUUUUGCAAGAACAGAGGAAAGCAGACCUUAUCCUAUACAACUGCAUUCCAAUUGGAUUGGUCACAGUAGGAACCUCUUUAAUAAUUGACCGUGUGUUUUUUGGUGAGUGGGUAGUGGUUCAGCUGAACUUCUUGAAAUUCAACGUGCUGCAGGAUUUGGGAGCGUUUUACGGAUCUCAUCCUUGGCAUUGGUACUUCACUCAGGGACUACCAGUCAUCUUGGGUACCCAUCUGCCUUUCUUUAUUCAUGGCUGUGUGCUGGCACCAAAAAGGUAUCGCAUCUUUCUAAUGGCAGUGAUUUGGACAGUGCUGGUAUACAGCAUGCUGACCCAUAAAGAAUUCAGGUUCAUCUAUCCAGUACUGCCAUUUUGCAUGGUUUUUUGUGGAUAUUCUUUGAAACACCUGAAAGCAUGGAAGAAAUCUGCAGCAGGUUUCCUGCUUCUGUCAAACUUACUCCCAGCCCUGUAUACAGGCUUGAUUCACCAACGAGGCUCUCUUGAUGUUAUGAGUCACAUACAGCAACUGUGUAAUAACUCUUACCAGUCACAAGCUUUUGUCUUCAUCAUGAUGCCAUGCCACUCUACUCCAUUUUACAGUCAUGUCCACUGUCCUCUAAAAAUGAGAUUCCUUCAGUGUCCCCCAGACCUAAGUGGAAAUGAGAGCUAUAUUGAUGAAGCAGAUGUAUUUUACUCUAAUCCACUUGGCUGGCUUAAUAAGGAGUUUUACAACGAUACGUUAUUACCCAGUCACUUGAUCAUCUUCAGUGUGCUAGAACAGGAAAUAUCAUCAUUUUUAGCUUUAAGGGGCUAUGAGAAAACAGCUACUGUCUUUCACACUCAUGUACCCCAAGGACGAGUUGGGAGCCACAUCUACAUCUACAGGAAAAAAACUGGAAUGAGUCAUACCUGAAGAUCAGUUUCUAGACUUAAGACCUAAUGAGAUCAGUUUUGCAUAGCAGUACUAUGCUUAUAAGAUCUUGUACUGCUGAAAGGAGAGAGUAGUGAGUCUGAAACCGGGUAAGUC